GCCUGGGCUACGCACCCUAGCCAGUUCCAGAUGUCAGGGUCCAGAGGCCUGGUCCCAGAGCUGGAGAACAACCUAUGGAGUUCUCCCAACACAAGCUGCGUGGGCAAGAUGUGCUGGUUGCUCCUUUGGGGAAUCCUCCAUACUUGCCCCACACAGGCCUCUGUGCUUUUAGCCCAGCAGUUUCCUCAGCAACUGACAUCCCCCGGAUACCCAGAGCCAUAUAUCAAAGGCCAGGAGAGCCAUGCUGACAUCGAGGCCCCGGAGGGGUUUGCCGUGAGACUGAUCUUCCAGGACUUUGAUCUGGAGCCGUCCCCAGGCUGUGAAGGCGACUCUGUCACCAUUUCAACCAGAGGAACAGAUGCAACCCGGCUGUGUGGGCAGCAAGGUUCCUCUCUGGGGAGCCCUCCCAAUCAAAUGGAGUUUGUAUCCUCCGGGAGGAGCCUUCGGCUGACCUUCCGGGCACACUCCUCCAAGAACAAAGUCACACACCUCCACAAAGGCUUCCUGGCUCUCUACCAAGCCAUAGCUGUGAGCCAACCCAAUGGGGACGCUGAGGCUUUCACCACACCUGGAGCCAACCCUCCCGAGAUUCAGAACCACUGCCCAGGUCCCUAUUAUAAGGAAGAACAGACAGGGACACUUAGCUGCCCAUCCUCUCGGAAGUGGAAGGACAGACAGCGUGGAGAAGAGGUUCCUGAGUGUGUGCCGGUCUGUGGAAGACCAGUUGUCCCCAUUGCCGAGAACCCAAACACUUUUGGUUCUUCCAGAGCCAAGCCUGGCAACUUCCCCUGGCAAGCCUUCACCAGUAUCUAUGGCCGUGGGGGCGGAGCCCUGCUGGGUGACAGAUGGAUCCUGACGGCUGCCCAUACCAUCUUCCCCAAGGAUAGCAUCUAUCUCAGAAAGAACAAGACUGUGAAUGUGUUUCUGGGUCACACAGACGUAGACGAGCUGCUGAAACUGGGGAACCAUCCUGUCCGAAGGGUGGUGGUUCACCCAGACUACCGCCAAGAGGAGUCCCACAACUUUGAUGGGGAUAUCGCCCUCCUGGAGCUUGAGCACAGGGUCCCUCUGGGGCCCAGUCUCCUCCCGGUCUGUCUGCCGGACAACGAGACCCUCUACCACAGCGGCCUGUGGGGUUACAUCAGUGGGUUCGGUGUGGAGAUGGGCUGGUUGACGACAAAGUUGAAAUACUCAAAGCUGCCUGUAGCUCCCCGGGAGGCCUGUGAAGCCUGGCUCCGCCAGAGGCAGCGAACUGAGGUGUUUUCUGACAAUAUGUUCUGUGUCGGGGAAGAGAUGCAGGUCAACAGUGUCUGCCAGGGAGACAGUGGCAGCGUCUACGUGGUGUGGGACGACCGUGCUCUUCGCUGGGUGGCCACGGGCAUUGUAUCCUGGGGCGUCGGGUGUGGCAAGGGGUACGGCUUCUACACCAAAGUGCUCAGCUACGUGGAUUGGAUUAAGGGGGUGAUUGAAUGUAAAGACCGAUGCCCGGAGGCCUGAGCAGUGGCCCUCAAGAGGUCCCAGCUAAGAAUGGGCAGGAGUGAGGAUGCACUUGAAGCCAGGGGCCCCUAUUUAAGUCAUUGGCUCAGCAACCCAUUGCCAAGAGAAAGCCCCGCCUCCUCGAGCUUACACCACCCCAAACGAGAUGCAGUACCCGCUUCUCACCUCCUGCUCUCCUGGGCUUUAUACCAGGGGAACCCUGCAAAUGUAUGCAACGUUUGCUUAGAACAUCUUUCUGUUCGAAACAAGUCAGGACUUCCCUCUGUAGCCAGGAUGGACACAAACUCAGGGCAAUGUUCCUGCUUCGGCCUCCCAAACACUGGGGAUUACAAGCAUGUACACCUGGCAUCAUCACCAUGUGUGUCGUUUUUAAUUCCCCAGCCUCAGCUAUGGACAGUUCCUUCUGUAUUUACUCGUGGAAUUGUGUUUCUGAGAUAUUCCAGAGACCCGUCCUUCAAAUACGCAGAGCCACCAGCUUUGCCCCUUACCCCAGCUUCUACAGGAAAUCUUAGCGAUACUCCCUUUUCAUUUCACAUCUACCGUAAGUCAGGAGUCUCACCCAAUCCUCCCUCCGCACUGGCAGAGGGUGUGUCAUCUGUCAUCCAUGUCUCACAGCGAGGAACUGGAAGCUCCCAAAGAUUCGGUGGCUUGCGGAAGUCCCACAGCUGAGCUUCAUUGAUUGAGGCUUCAUUCCGCCCAGCACACUCUCAGGGAUUCCUCUCAGUUGCCCUGGAGACCUACCUUAGCAUCCCCCACCCCCCCACCCCACCCCCACCCCACCCCCCACCCCCAUUCCUACCCCCCACCCCCCCACCCCCACCACCCACCACCACCCCUACCCCCGUCCCCAGACUCGGUCCCUGGGAAGGCCUGUUUCACUGAAGACUGUACCACCAGCUCACACUUUCCUGCUGGCCCUCGUCACCAGGGCAUCACAAGCCUGAGAAGAUGAGCUCUUUAAUUUGUACGGAAGAUUUGGAAUGAUUUACACUAAAAGACAAAAAUAAAAGAGUUCAGUGACAAUAGACUGUGAAUACCAUAAAAAGAAAAAAAAAGAAGAAGUACGUUAGUGUUGAGAUGAAGGUUCUCUAUUAGCAAAAGUUAAAUUUAUCUUUGAAAAAAAAAAAAAAAAAAACAGCAGCAUCCAAGCUAAGCACAUAGUACACACUAAAAUCCCAGUCACGUGGGAGGCUGAGGCAGAAGGAUCAUAAGUUCAAGGCCAGCUUUGAUCUCAUCUCAAAGUUAACAAUAAAUAAAUAACAGUGUGGUGGUGGCUCAGGCCUUUAAUCCCAACACUGGGGGAGGUUCAAGGCCAGCCUGGUCUACAGAGUCAGUUCCAGGACUUUCAAGGCUACACAAAGAAAUUCUGUCUUGAAAAUCAAUCAAUCAAUCAAUAAAUAAAUAAAUAAAUGGCAGAAUAUAAA